UCAAUCCUACAUCUGACCUCCUAGGAACAGCAGUAUCAUGGCACUGCAAACUACAAAAGUGACAGCCAUCCUUUUAUUGUGCACUAUAUUUAUUCACCAGUUUGAUUGUGCUUCUUUAAGUCACAUGGCAUUAAGAGCAGCAGUGAGAAUCCCAAGAAUGACACCAUUUUGGAGAGGAUUGUCCUUGCGCCCUAUAGGGGCCUCAUGCAGAGAUGCAACAGAGUGCUCUACAAGGCUGUGCAGCAACAAUCGCUGUUCUCUGAAGACAUUCAAUGAUUAAUUUGAUCUCCCCCUUUGCUGCAGCGAACAAAAUAUACAACAUAUUACUAACACCAAACAAGUUGCUUUAGUGAAACUUAUCUAAAAAUACUUUAUUUAUUAAUAUUGAACUCCUGUUUGCAAAAUUUGCACUUA